UUGGGUUAUGCCGGGAUUACGAUGAAUUUAACGUAACGGAACGCGACGGACGCGAAGUAACGUAACGUGAACUUAAGAAAUUACGAUCGCCGUAACGUGAAGCAGCGUGCAUUUGAAAAAUGAUUUGACAGCGUGGUGUGAAUAGAAGAUUUGUUGUCAUUCUCGUUGGUAGUUCCUGCUUGGUAAUUCCAAAUGAAUUCUGCUAUGAGGCAUUAUUAUCAGUAUUUAAACUUAAUUUUGGCCGGAUAUUUGUAUCUUCAACUGCGGAAGAAGAAACGAGUACGAACCGUUGGUGUGAGAGAUUUUUCGGAGAAGAACCCAGUUUGGUGAUGGACAUAAUUUACUUGAAGAACUCCGUUUUCGUGAUCUACAUUUUUUUUUUAUUUACACAAGGAUGAAUGUCCAAAGGUAAGAUUUAAUGAUUGUCUAGUAUAAAAUAUAAUCAUUUUUACAAAUUAAUGUCUGCUUUCCUACAUUCUGGUACCUCUUGAUCUUGCUUGGUCUACUGAUAAAGAAGCGCUUAGAUAAAUAUUUUUCUGGCACAGAGUUUAUUUUUACAAAUUAUAUGUUCGCUUUCUUAGAUUCGAGUAUCUCCUGAGCUUGGUUGGUCCACUGAUAAAGAAGCGAGAAAUGUACACUGCUCUUUCACCCACUCAGAGGCUUGCUAUGACAUUGAGGUGGAGACUUUUACUGCCGUGGAAGCUACACCUCAUAGACCUGCCGCCCCGAGUACUACGCAUCCGGCUCCUACCCGAUCCGACCAAUCCGAGCACUCCUGGGAUAUCUGUCUGCGGCGAUGCAGACUGACCACAUCUUCUGGACGCCUCUUUGAGCUCGGCCUCCUUGAAUCCGUUCAGGGGGUGGACACUUCUUUGUAUAAUCUCGGAUCGUCGAAUAGUUCCACCCAGUGCCACAUAGGCUAGAUGGCGCAAGCGUUAUUACCAACACAAUCAAAAGUAAUCAUGUAGGUGAGCGCGUCACGUGAUUACUAAUACAGUGUCUGCGGUCAACAAAGUCAAGCAAAGAAAGUUAACAGUCAACGUACGUUGUGUGCAAUACUCCAUCAUCAGUUAUUAUGAGACAAGCAUGUAUUGUGCCAGGUUGUGCUUCAAAUGCACGAACCCCGGCACACAUAUUCCCAAAGAAUGUUAAUCAACGUUUGUUAUGGCUAAAAAAAUUAAAAAUAGAAAACAUAGAACAUGUUAUAAGUCUUGCAAGGUGCAAACUACGUGUCUGCUAUAAAUAUUUCUCUGAUGACGAUUACAUUUAUUCUGCCAAAUGUAUAGCAGCAAGUAAUAAUAUUGAUUCUCAGCAAGCCUUAAUAUCUGAUUGCAACUUAGAAUUUUGUCCAGAUAUUAUUGCAUUAGAACCACUGCAGUCAGCACAUGAAAAUCAAGACAUUAGAUAUGCUACAUACAUACAAGAGCAUGACAUGAACAGUAAUAGAAGUAAUGAAGUAAUGAACAGUAGUAUAGAAGUAAUGAACAGUAAUGAAGUAAUAGAAGAAACAUUAUUGUCUAAUGCAAUAAUGGAACAUGUGCAACAUACUGAAGGCGAAACGAGAGACAAAGUUACAAACUUUGCAUAUAAAAGACAUGAAAGGCAGGAUGAAGUGCUAGCUACCCCAAAUCGAAGACAACAAGAAACUAAUGUACGUUUGUUCAAACGAAGAACGUUACUACUAGAUUGUAGAAGACAAGCUGAUCUUACACCAAAAGCAGCCAAGUUGUAUAAAAUAGCAAGAAACCUUUUUAAAAGAAAAAGGUGCAUAGAAGCACAAAAUUCUAGUAUGAGGAGGAUUUUAAGAACGAGUAAACGUCUUCAGAGUACAAAUUUUAUUGAACAAUACGAAGGACUUUCUAAAACACAAAGAAUAUUAAUUCAGAUGCAAUUACGGACUGCCCAACAGCCAUCCCACAUCGAACAAGCACAUUUAUCAGUAUGUGCAGAACGUGCUGAUCAGCCGUUCAACACGGACUACAUGUUUGUGGUCAGACGAUAUACCGUGGAUGAAAAGAUCCUAGCCAUAUCUCUUUUGCAGCGUUCCCCUAAAUGUUAUUCAUUGAUACAAAACUUAUAUAAUAUGCCUAGCUCGAAAACGUUGAAACGUCUACUACAGAAAGUUGUAUUAAAGCCUGGCUUAUGUAAAAUUAUUAUAAGAUAUUUACAUGAGAAAGCAAAAAAGAUGCAUAACAAGGACAAAUAUUGCAUUCUCAUGUGGGACGAAAUUGCUUUAACACCACACAUACAAUAUGACUCCAAAAAUGAUCUUAUUACUGGCUUUGAAGACUGGGGGAUGAGGAGAACUAAUAAAUUUGCAGAUCACGUUCUAGUGUUCAUGUUACGAGGCUUAUACAGUGGCUGGAAAAUGCCAAUUUCAUUUGGAUAUUGCGAUAGCCAAACUAAAACACCUCAAUUACUGCGUUGUAUAAAGCAAAUAAUUACUGCUGUAAACAAAACUGAACUUGAAAUUGUCGCCACUGUUUGCGAUCAAGGAUCCUCCAAUGUGGCAGCAAUCAAUACAUUGUUGAAAGAUACUGCACGAAAAUUGUGGAAACAGGGAACAGAACACCGCCGUGCAUUCGAAGUAGAUGGUAAAGAAAUUAUACCAUUUUUUGAUCCUCCUCAUCUAAUUAAAGGUGUACGCAACAAUUUGCUUAAUAAAGAUUUGGAAAUUAAUAUUUCACGUACAAGUAAAAGCAGACAAUUUGCUUCGUGGAAAACGAUUGAAUUAGCCUACAAAAUUGAUACCAAUGUUAAUAAUUUUAAUCGUAUGUUAUCGAAAAUUACGGAAGAACAUGUGGUUCCUGACAAAAUUAAAAAAAUGAGAGUGAAAAAUGCUACACAAAUAUUUAGUAGCACCUUCUCAGCUUAUAUUGGGUUGUUUUCCCAUAUGCAAGGGCAUGUUGAUACGCGAAUAGGUCCUUUAAGUAUACCUAAAGAAGAAGCAGUUACAAUGAGCAAGACACUACAGUUUUUUAACGAUUUAUUUGACUCCGUAAACGGAUACACAACAAAGCCGGAAGCACCUUUGCGCUCAGUGGUAAAAGAGAAUAGUGUUCAUCACGAAUUUUGGAAGGAUGCCAUACGGCGUCUUAAGGCAAUGAGAUACGUACAUCCUGUUUCGAAGAAACCAUUGACAGGAUCUUUAUGUAUACAAAAUUGGAUUAAAAGUAUUGACGCUUUUCAAGAUUUAUGGACAGUAUUGCAAGAAAAAGAUUUUAAACAAUUUAAGCCACGUUACGUCAACCAAGAUCCUUUGGAAAAUUUCUUUGGAUGUAUACGCUCGACAGGUGGCAGGGAUAUUAAUCCCACUUGUACCAACUUCUGUGGAGCAUACAAAGUGCUACUUAUUAAUAAUUUAUCAUCGCGACAUUCAAUCGGACAAAAUUGCGAGAAUAUUUGUGAUGGCCAUUUGUUAUUCUCUUUAAAAGAUUUUAUUUCUGAAGCACAUGAAGAUGACGCCAAGUUUGAUGAGGUCGAAGAAGAUGAAUGCGCUCACAUCGUUGAAAGUUCCUCAGAAGAAAUAAAUGAAAACAGAUGUAACUUACAAGAUAGAAGUGUAUAUAAUAUAUUAAAAAAUAAUUUGUUAAUAAAAGCAUCAUUCAAGCACUGUGCUGCAUGUAGAGCUACUAUAACAGACAGUGCAAUCUUGCAACAAAUACUGAAAAGGGCAGAAACUUUGGUGAAGAAAUAUAUUACCAGAUUUUGCUUUAAGUCUAAAAUUAAAAGUAUUAUUGAACGUGAAAUGGAAAAACAAUUCGAUUUCACCUUUAUAAAAUGUCAGCAACAUGAUGCACAACUGAAAAAUGCAAUAUUGUCUACUAUUAUUACUACCUGCCUUAAAAAAUUUUGUACAGCAGUAAAUAGAUGUUUUAAUAGCAAAUAUACAUCUACAACGAAAAAUCCUGUUCUCAUAUUCGCCCAAAUAAAGUAUCGAUCAAGGAUAAAAAAAAAACGUGAACCAAAAUCAGUACAACAAAAUGGAGAUGCAGUACAGAAAUAAAAAUACUUUUUGCCAGAACAAUUACAAAUCAGAAAUAAAGUACGAUUUUGAACAAGGUAACGCACGAAGACUAAGUCACGGAUUGGAGAACAGAACAAAAGCUGAAUUCAGAAACGGCCGGAUUAAGCGUAUAUUAUAUUAAUGGAUUAUUUUAUAUAAUGGAGCGUGUUUGUAAUAGCCAAACCGGUGCUUAGGUAACAAUUAAGAUUCGUAUAUGUAGACGUUGCUGGCGCAUACGGCUUUACAUCGUACAUUUAAAAUUAUUAUAUACUUUUGCUAAACUUGUAUACACCAAAUCUAAUUUUAUUUUA